GCCGGCCCGGGCUGCUGUGCUGGCGCUGUGCUGUGCUGUGCUGCGCUUGGCCGGCCGCUGGGCUCGUCUGGGACGUGCUCCGUCGGUCCGGAGAGAACCUGCAGAUCCGCAGCUCCACCAUGGGGCUGGCCCCGCCACGGCUGCUGUUGGGGCUCCUUCUCCCCGCGCUGUGGAGUGGAGUUAUUGUUGAAGUGGAAGGAGAAACCAAGUUGCACCAACCAUCCCCAGGACCUUUCCCAGGGAGCCUGCCAGUCAACCACAGGCCACUCCCCUUUCCUCUCUCCAGUGGAGACCAGCCUGCCUUGAUGUCACCAAUCCAGACACAAAGACCACAUCCAGGACCCAAAGUUCUUCCCCAGGUGCCCUCUGCGGUCUCAAAGCUUCUCCCGCCUCUUGCAUUUAAUCACACAGUUGGACACAUAAUACUUUCUGAGCAUAAAGAUGUCAAGUUUAAUUGCUCAAUCAAUAUACCUAGUAUAUACCUGGAACCUACUGGUAUUUUUUGGUGGAAAGACGGGAAGGAACUACUUGGAGCACAUCAUUCCAUCACACAGUUUUAUCCUGAUGAUGAAGGGACAUCAAUCAUAUCAUCCUUCAGCAUAACCAGUGUGCAGCGCUCGGACAAUGGGUCAUAUAUCUGUAAGACCAAAGUAAACAAUGAAGAGAUUGUGUCUGACCCCAUCUAUGUCGAAGUUCAAGGACUUCCUCACUUUACUAAGCAGCCUGAGAGCAUGAAUGUCACCAGAAACACACCCUUCAACCUUUCCUGUCAGGCUGUGGGCCCACCUGAGCCUGUCAACAUUUUCUGGAUUCAAAACAGCAGCCGUGUUAAUGAAUGGCCUGAAAAAUCCCCCUCCAUCCUAACUGUUCCUGGUCUGACCGAGAUGGCUGUCUUCAGUUGUGAGGCCCACAAUGAUAAAGGGCUGACUGUGUCUAAAGGCGUGCAGGUCAACAUCAAAGCAAUUCCCUCUCCACCAACUGAAGUCUUCAUCCACAACAGUACAGCACAUAGCAUUCUGAUCUCCUGGGUCCCGGGGUUUGAUGGCUACUCUCCAUUUAAGAACUGCAGCAUUCAGGUGAAGGAAGUAGAUCCACUGAGUAAUGGCUCAGUCAUGGUUUUUAACACCUCAGCCUCACCACAUCUGUAUCACAUCGAGCAGCUGCAGGCCCUGGCUAACUACAGCAUUGGGAUGUCCUGUAUGAAUGAAAUAGGCUGGUCUGCAGUGAGCCCUUGGAUUCCUGCCAGCACAACUGAAGGAGCUCCGUCAUCUGCACCUUUAAAUGUCACGGUGUUUCUGAAUGAAUCUAGUAAUAAAGUGGCUGUCAGCUGGAUGAAGCCCCCAAUUAAGCGUCAGGAUGGGGAACUGAUGGGCUACCGGAUCUCUCACAUCUGGCAGAAUGUGGGCACCUCUAAAGAGCUCUCUCAAGAAGUUGGUGAGAAUGACAUCCAGGCUCAAAUUUCUGUUCAAGUCUAUAAUGCCACAUGCACAGUGAGAAUUGCAGCCAUCACCAAAGGGGGAAUUGGGCCUUUCAGUGAGCCAGUGACAGUAUUUAUCCCUGCACCAGGUGGGGUCGAUUAUGCUCCCUCCUCAACUCCAGCUCCUGGCAACACAGAGCCUGUGCUGAUUAUCCUCGGCUGCUUUUGUGGAAUUGUGUUGAUUGCCUUAGUUUUAUAUAUUUCUUUGGCUAUCAGAAAAAGAAUCCUGGAGACAAAAUUUGGGAGUGCAUUCACAGAAGAGGAUUCUGAGUUAGUUGUAAAUUACAUAGCAAAGAAAUCCUUCAGUCGGCGAGCCAUCGAACUCACCUUACAUAGCUUGGGAGUCAGUGAGGAACUGAAAAAUAAACUAGAAGAUGUUGUGAUUGACAGAAAUCUUCUAAUUCUUGGAAAAAUUCUUGGUGAAGGAGAAUUUGGGUCUGUGAUGGAAGGAAAUCUGAAGCAGGAAGAUGGGACCACUCAGAAAGUGGCUGUGAAGACCAUGAAGUUGGACAAUUUUUCUCAGCGGGAGAUCGAGGAGUUUCUCAGUGAGGCAGCGUGCAUGAAAGACUUCAACCACCCAAACGUCAUCCGACUUCUAGGCGUGUGUAUAGAAAUGAGCUCUCAAGGCAUCCCGAAGCCCAUGGUGAUUUUGCCCUUCAUGAAGUAUGGGGACUUACAUACCUACUUACUAUAUUCCAGAUUGGAGACAGGGCCAAAGCACAUUCCUCUGCAGACAUUACUCAAGUUCAUGGUGGACAUUGCCCUGGGAAUGGAGUAUCUGAGCAACAGGAAUUUUCUCCAUCGAGAUUUAGCUGCUCGGAACUGCAUGUUGCGAGAUGACAUGACUGUCUGUGUGGCAGACUUUGGCCUCUCCAAGAAGAUUUACAGUGGUGAUUACUACCGCCAAGGCCGCAUUGCUAAGAUGCCUGUGAAGUGGAUCGCCAUAGAGAGCCUUGCAGACCGGGUCUACACAAGUAAAAGUGAUGUGUGGGCAUUUGGCGUGACCAUGUGGGAAAUCACAACACGGGGAAUGACUCCCUAUCCUGGAGUCCAGAACCAUGAGAUGUAUGACUAUCUUCUGCAUGGCCACAGGCUGAAGCAGCCUGAGGACUGCCUGGAUGAACUGUAUGAGAUCAUGUACUCUUGCUGGAGCACCGAUCCCUUGGACAGACCUACCUUUUCUAUGCUGAGACUCCAGCUAGAAAAACUCUUGGAAAGUCUGCCUGAUGUGGAGGACCAAGCGGCCAUCAUCUACAUCAACACACAGCCUCUAGAAAAUGAUGAGGGCACUGCUGAGGGGCCGGCACUUGCUCACCUGGACAUGAACAUUGAUCCUCACUCCAUCAUUGCUUCUUGCACUCCGAGUGGGACUAUUAGCGUGGUCACAGCAGAAGUUCAUGAGAGCAAAGCUCAAGAAGAAAGGUACAUCAUGAACGGGGGCAGUGAAGAAUGGGAAGAUCUGGCUUCUGCUCCCCCUGCUGUGCUCAUGGUUGGAAAGGACAGUGUUUUAUCAGAAGACAGACCUGUGAGGAAUGGGGUUUCCUGGUCACACUGUAGCACACUGCCCUUGGGGAGCUCAUCAGAGGAUAAAUUUUUGUUUGCUGAUGACUCCUCAGAAGACUCAGAGGUCCCAAUGUAAGACAUUGCUGCCUGUCACCAAGUUGAGAGGAGACAUUGCAAAACCAAUUGAAUUCUCCUUUUUGAGUAGACUUCAGUUGUGCCUCAGGUGCCUGGUAUUUGUUGGUUUCUUUGUAUUGUUUUUAACCAAGUAAACUCCAUGAUCGAGACCACCAGAUGAAUGUUGCCAAGUAAGUCGUCUUCAGAAAUAAUGUAAGAGGAAGCUGGGAAUAGUGGUAUAUUGCUGUAAUCACAGCACUCUGGAGUAUCUGGCAGGAAGAUUUGCAAGGUCUAAGCCCACUUGAGCUACAUGACUAGAACCCGUCUCAGAAAACAACAUAUAAUAGGGGCAUGGCUCAAUGGGAGAACACAAGCUUAAUGUGUGUGAGGUCUGUGUUCCAUCACCAGCACCACAAGAAAUAAAAAUAUAUAAUAUAUAUUUAUUUAAAGAGAAAAAAAUAUAUGUAUAUAUGAUGGAAAGAAUCAAGCAUGUUUUAUUUUAAUAAGACUACUUAUUUUAUGUCAUUCUUUCUUGUAGAUCUUACAAUUUAAGCUUCAGCUAUUCUUCAGUGCUAACAGGUCUACAGAGUUGUUUAUUUUGGAAGUCCUUUUCUUUUGUGAAACUAUUAAAUGUAAAAUACUUGUAAAAUGAAAUACCAUAUUUGACUUCACAUCUGGUCUUCAUGAGAAAUGUCUUGUGCCCUCAUGAAUCAUGGGUUUGAUCAGAAUAAUUUUGUUAAUGUUUCAAGUUUUAUAACCAGUUAAUGAUUUGCUACAACUUCCUAAUAAAACAUGAAUGAGGAA